UUUUAGAAUUUGACCAUCUUCCUUGGUGCAGUCUUCCAGCUCUCCGCCCUCCUUCCUUUUCUUUGUUCCCUCACCACCGGCCCCCGCCACGGGUCCUGUCUCCGGCGCCAGCUUCACUGCCACCGUGUCGUCGCUUCCUCUACUUCUGACUCCGGUGCCAGCUUUGGCCUUAAACGUUACGGUAAGAAUCCUCAGGUUGGACUGGGAGAGGCUUCAAAAUUAUGCGCAUAGGACGGCUAUUAAGGGGUGCCAUUCCUCGGACGUGCUUCGCAAAAAGGUUAUCAUCGUUUGUCAAUCUCCCAACCAAACCACGCAAGAAGUCCAGUUAUCCCAAAUCCACCAGAGAAAGAUCCAUAGUAAAGCAGGGGCCGAAAAGAGUAGUCUCAGACUCAGACAUUGUAAAAUGCAAUAUCGCCAUAACAAACAACAUGCGAAGUGCACAAUGCAGCGCCGCGUUACAGCUGUUCAAUUCCAUGCAUCGAAAGACCUCGGUCACCUGGAACACUAUGAUUUCGGGGUACUUGUCAAAUGGCCAAUUUGAACUCGCUCGAGAAAUGUUUGACAGUAUGCCGUGUAGAGACUCUGUUUCCUGGAAUGUGAUGAUUAGCGGGUACAUUAAGAAUGGGAAUCUUGGGGCAGCGAAAUGUUUGUUCGAUCAAAUGCCCGAAAGGGAUGUGGUGUCCUGGAAUGCUAUUUUAUCGGGGUAUGCCCAGAAUGGAUUGGUGGAUGAGGCAUGGCGGAUUUUCUGUGAGAUGCCAGUGAAGAAUGAGAUUUCGUGGAACGGGAUUUUGGCAGCUUAUGUGCAGAACGGGAGAAUGGAGGAGGCCAGUAGAUUAUUUGAGUCAAAAGAGUGUUGGGCUAUGGUUUCUUGGAACUGUUUGAUGGGUGGUUAUCUAAAGAAAAGGAUGUUUGCAGAGGCGAGGUGUGUUUUUGAUAGGAUGCCAGAAAGAGAUAAAGUAUCAUGGAACACUAUGAUUUCUUGUUAUGCUCAGAAUGGGGAAAUGGAGGUGGCUAGGAAACUAUUUGAUGAAUCACCUAUUCGGGAUGUAUUUGCUUGGACUUCGAUGGUAUCAGGGUAUGUGCAAAAUGGUAUGUUGGAUGAGGCUAGGAGGGUCUUUGAUGAGAUGCCAGAGAAGAAUGCUAUCUCUUGGAAUGCAAUGAUAGCUGGUUAUGUCCAAUCGAAGAAAGUUGACAUGGCAUGGGAAUUAUUUAACAAAAUGCCUUGUAAAAACAUUAGUUCAUGGAACACAAUGAUAACAUGCUACGCACAAAAUGGUGAUACUGCACGUGCCCGGAGCUUGUUUGACAGGAUGCCUCAUCGUGAUUGCAUCUCUUGGUCAGCAAUUAUUGGAGGUUAUGCUCAGAAUGGUGACAGUGAGGAGGCAUUACAUAUGUUCGCUGAAAUGGAAAGACAUGGGGAAAGGAUGAAUAGAUCUAGUUUUACCUGUAUCUUAAGCAUGUGUGCUGAUAUUGCAGCUUUAGAGUUGGGGAAACAAAUACAUGGGCAAGUAUUUAAGGCAGGAUUUGAGUCUGGAUGCUAUGUUGGGAAUGCACUUCUCGCAAUGUAUUGCAAAUGUGGAUCUAUAGAAGAGGCAUAUGAUGUAUUCAUGGACAUCUCAGAGAAGGACAUUGUUUCUUGGAAUACAAUUAUAAAUGGUUAUGCAAGGCAUGGAUUUGGUAAAGAGGCUCUUAAACUUUUUGAGAAAAUGGAGAGAGAUGGCAUUAAACCUGAUGAGGUUACCUUGGUUGGUGUUUUGUCAGCCUGUAGUCACACAGGCCUGGUAGAAACUGGGACAAACUACUUUUAUUCAAUGACCGAAGAUUAUGGCAUAACUGCAAAUUCUAAGCAUUAUACUUGCAUGAUUGACCUUCUUGGGCGAGCUGGACGCCUGGAUGAUGCUCAGAAGCUGAUGAAGGACAUGCCUUUUGAAGCAGAUGCAGCAACAUGGGGUGCUCUUCUUGGGGCAAGCAGGAUCCAUGGGAAUGCAGAAUUGGGUGAAGAGGCUGCAGAGAUGAUUUUUGAAAUGGAGCCUUGGAAUGCGGGAAUGUAUGUUCUUCUCUCAAAUCUAUAUGCUUCUUCAGGAAAAUGGCGUGAAGUUGGAAAGAUGAGAUUGAAAAUGAGGGAUACUGGCGUGAAGAAAGUACCAGGAUACAGCUGGGUUGAAGUACAAAAUAAGAUCCACAUUUUCUCUGUUGGUGAUUCCACCCAUCCACAAAGUCAUAGAAUUUAUGCCUUCUUGGAAGAGUUAGAUCUUAGGAUGAAGCAUGAAGGUUUUGUCUCUUCUCCAAAGCUGGUCUUGCAUGACGUGCAAGAGGAGGAAAAGGAGCAUAUGCUCAAGUAUCAUAGUGAAAAGUUAGCCGUAGCAUUUGCAAUAUUGAACAUACCAGCUGGGAGGCCUAUACGUGUGAUUAAGAACUUGAGAGUUUGUGUAGAUUGCCAUACUGCCAUUAAGUAUAUAUCCAAAAUUGUUGGUAGAGUGAUUAUCGUACGGGACUCUAACCGGUUUCACCAUUUUAGAGACGGUGUUUGUUCUUGUGGGGACUAUUGGUAAAGUGACCUGUUUAGGAUUGGUAGGCUGUCAAAAUUUGGACACGUGUAGUUCAUCUAUUCAGUCACAGCAGGAAGGGCUGAUGUCAUCAUUUUCACACUCUUCAACACAGCAUGAUGAAUCCGACAAGGUUUGUCCAACACUUGAAAGAUGAUGAUGAACAGUCAAUUCUGGGCCAGAAACUGGUAGUUGUUUUCACUGCAGAUUGAAGAAAUCAGAAACCAAAUGCAUGCGCUGACGGACCGGAUGCAAUUAGUCCAUUUUCCUCCACGCAAAACAAUGCAUAUAUCCUUUGCGCUGAGAAGAUAAAAACAAUAUUAUGUUACUACAACAUAAUGGAGCACAGUUUCCUGAUCAGUUUUUGCCACCACCAUACUCAUUAUGGUAUACCGAUCAAGACCAUCGUUCUCCCUAUUAAGGUAUGUCAGAACUCAGAAGAAUAUCUCUAUGCCGAGCUCUUUUGUCACCUAGCCAUUCCCUCAAUUUUUGGUGACAAGAGUAGGAUUUAACAUGAAAAGAUUUGUUUCCCUUCAUAGUUGAAGCUUGCAGCCAAAUCUUUGGCUUUGAUUUAAGGGAAAUAUAUGCAAAUUGGCCUCAGAACAUGGGAAAGGAGUGAUAUGAGAAUUUAAGGGGGUGUGUCAGGCUUGCUCUACAUCUCUUCCAUGGUAACUCGAGGAGGUUAACUGUUUCUUCUUUUGUCUAUUGGUUAUCUUUGACACAAGUAUUCCAGUAAGUAAUUAUUACUGGCACUGCAGGCAGCAAUCCUUUUACCCAAAAGGGUUGUGGUCAUGGCAGUAAAGAAGAUGCCCAAGUUCAAGACAGAUGAAGGUACAGUAUAUUGUGAGUUUUAACUUAUGUUCAUUUUCCAUUGUCAUGAGAACUAGAUUAUGUCAUGAUUAAGAGCGGAAUAGUUCGAUUAUUGCAUCUCGAGUUGAGUAUGCUUUUGGUUCAACCGAGUUAGCCAGGGCUCGCCAUUGCAGUGUACUGUGAAGCAAAGCUGAUGUCGGUAUGUAAGCCGAUGUUCAAAAAGUGGGAUUUGAACACCAAUGGGAUGAGGCCAAGGGGGAUGCCAAUACACGGGAAUUGGGAUGACGCCACUUCCAGAUGUAGUGGUUCUGGCUUUGGAGGAUCCAAUUUAGUCAUUUCAAAUAAUCAUCUGCGUGAAAUGAUAUUUUCGGAUAUUCUUGUUGAUGCUACUUGCGAGUAAAUAUUUAUGGAGGUCAAAAUUAGAUUGAGCUACAAAUGAAAAUGGUGC